CCGAAACUCAAAACAUUUUUUAUGGAGAAUUCUAUCAGAGGCAAUGCCUGUGGGAUCAAUCCUAAAACGAAGACGUGUCUCUCAAGAUAGUGUGUGUAGAAGAUGUUGUGUGUUAGAUGAAGAUAUGGAACAUCUCUUCUUCAAAUGCCCGUAUACUCAAGCACUUUGGAGAGGGGCAAAUCUACCAGACCGUACGUUUACUGAUAAUAGUAUCAGUUUUGAAGAGAAGUUAAAGGCUAUUGUAUCCUCGAUCAAUAAUAAGGUGCUUAACCCUAUAGAUAGGCAACAGCCUUUGUGGAUCCUCUGGCGCAUCUGUAAAAGCAGAAACCUUUUAGUUUAUGGACGGAAACAGACUGAUUGGAAAGUAGACCUCAAACAAGCUCAACAUGAAGCACGUGAAUGGACUCAGGUGUUGUAUUCAACUGAAAGCAACAGCAAUACAACCCAGAGGCUAAGUGGGAGACACAAACAAUCAAUGUGGGAGAGACCUCCUUGUGAUUAUGUGAAGAUUAAUUAUGAUGGGAGUAGGAGACAAAAUAUGUCAACAGGAGGGUGGAUAUUCAGAGAUGCUCAAGGAUUUUUCCUAGGAGGAGGCCAGGGUAAACAAUCAGUUAAUGGAGAUGGAAGUCUGGAGACAGAAUUACAAGCUCUUCUUAUGGCAAUGCAACAUACGUGGACAAAAGGUUACCGUAAAGUUAUUUUUGAAGGUGACAACAAACAGGUUCAGGAGCUACUAACAACGUCCAAGAGGAAUUUCCACAUGCAUAAUUGGAUUCUGGAAAUCAAAGGGUGGAAGUAGAAAUUUGAAGAUGCAGAAUUUAGAUGGAUUCCAAGGGAAGAUAAUAAAGCUGCAGAUCAUUUAGCUAAACAAUUUCAUAAUUCUCAAGUUUCUUUCAACUCUAUAUUCUAUGUACCUGUAUCAAUAACUCAAAUCCUCCAUGAGGAUAUUUCUUCGUCAUUAUAAUAAAGUUGCAAGUUGGAAAAAAAAAAAAAAAAAAAGAAAAGAAGAAGGAUUUGUUAUUUUGUUCAGAAACUCGCGGCGCGAUGGAGAAAGCAACCGCAGGGGAGGAAGAAUUUGCAGAAAUGAUUAGUUAUUACCUGGAGAAUGUAAGUUUCGGAUUGGAGAUUGGGCCCGAGGGUCACUAU